AUGCCUACCGAUAUCAACUCGAGCCUUCCUCCCUUACCCCUCCCCCAGGGCAUCGAGUCAAAAUACGUUGCAGUUAAUGGCCUACUUAUGCACUUCCUCGAUGCCUCUCCGAAUAAGACCAAGACUGAUGGUACCAGGCCACCUCUCAUUGUCUUGGUCCAUGGCUUUCCCGAACUUGCGUACUCCUGGCGCAAGUUAAUGCGCCCGCUUGCCGACCUUGGUUUCCGCGUUGUCGCAAUUGACCAACGCGGGUUUGGACGCACCAUACCCAAUCUGACCAAUGGCACUGGGAAUUCUUCAAGCGGCUAUCCUUACACGUAUGACGGCCCGCUCGCGCCGUUCAGUUUCUCGAACCGCGCACGCGACACGGUUGCGUUUGUCUAUGCUUUGGGCUAUGAACGAGUUUCUUGUAUAAUGGGUCACGACUCUGGAUCUAUUACUGCGAGCUCGUGUGCACUUAUUCGACCUGAUCUUUUCCGAAGCCUCGUGAUGAUGAGUGCGCCGUUCCUCGGUGUACCCGACAUUCCGUUUAACAUGCCAAAUCGCACGUCUUAUAUGGAUGCGGUCGCCGCUGGAAGUCAGCCUAAAGUUUUGCACCCUAGUCUUGCCAUGGAUGCGAUGUUCGCGAAGCUCGACCCACCGCGCAUGUAUUACCAGCACUAUUACUCCCUUCCACAAGCAAACAAACAGAUGCAUACCGAUCUCUCAACCACGGAACUCCACAACUUCUUCCGUACAUACUUCCACAUCAAGUCCGCGUGCUGGCCAGACUCUUCUUCCUCUCACUCUGACGUUGAGAAGUACAAGGAACCCUGUGAAUUAAGAGGCCUGGUGGACCUCUCUCGACUCCCGCCUUAUUAUCUCAUGCCCCGAGGAAAGAGCAUGCUGACCACAGUAGGCGAGUACCUUCCUCGUGGAGAAGCCCUUGAACGAAGCCGUGCAUGGAUGAGUGAUGCCGAUGUUGACGUCUACGCUGGUGAAUAUGGUCGUACAGGCUUCCAAGGUGGAUUGAACCGAUAUCGCAUUGCUUCAAGGCUCGGACACGCGAGUGACACACUCGACUCCAUAUUUCUCUCGGACGAGGAUCACAUAUCCGAACUCGCACUCUUUGCGCAAAAGAAAGUCGAGGUGCCUACCUUGUUCGUUUCUGCAGAGAAGGAUUGGUGUCCCUUCCAAUAUCCCGGUGCACUUGAUCAGUUGAGGCGUGUUUGUCCAUUGAUGAAAGAAAGGAAUGAGGGGAUCGCGUUCAUCAAGGAUACAGGUCAUUGGAUCCAGCAAGAAAACAACGUUGAAGAACUUUUCGUGCUGCUACAAGGUUUCUUACAAGACUUGGACGUCCGGGCUUGA